AUGCUUAUGAUUCGCAUUGUACACCACCACCAGUUUGCUAUACCGGAGAAGAAGCUGGAUCAAGCUCUCGAGUUUUUCGGGUUUCCGCUUGAAGCUCCGACUUACAAUGCGUUGAUCGGAGCUUAUUGCUGGUCGAAGAGAGUGGAGGAAGCGUUCAAGAUCGUGGAAGAGAUGAGGGUGAAUGGGGUUGGUCCAAACGCAAGAACUUACGAUGUGAUCUUGCACCAUUUGGUUCGGAUGCAGCGGACGAAAGAAGCUUAUGAGGUUUAUCAGAAGAUGAGCUGUGAGCCGACGGUGAGUACUUACGAGAUCUUGGUGAGGAUGUUCUGUUAUGUCGAGAGAUUGGAUAUGGCGGUGAAAGUUUGGGAUGAGAUGAAAGGGAAAGGUGCACCGGGACAUAUGUUUAGCCGGCUUAAAGAAGCGCUUCUUGAUGAUGGCCGGAAAGAGAAAGUUGUGGAGUUGGCUGUGAAGAUGGAUAGGCUGAGGAAGACUCAACUUCUUGGGUGA